AUGUACUGGCCGUGUGGUGUACCACGGGUAUAUACAUACCACGGUUCACGACAGUCAAGUGCUACGAAAGAGGAAGAAGAAGAGGGAGAUGACGAAGUCCGCCAGCCACAAUCGCCGCAAAGCCUUAAAAGGGAGCUAGGAAAGGAGUAUCAACGGGAAAGCAUCAAUCGCGAUACCGUGAUUUCUUCAGAGAUUAUUGGACUUUGUGUUGCUGCCACUGAUCAUCUAUUUGCGACCAUAACAUUGUCUACCCUUACAUUUUGGCAAAACCGACCUACGGUCGUUCUUGCAGCAGCCGUUCGAUCAAUCUCUUCGCUAGACAAGUAUGGGACCAAUCAGUCCAUUCACCUUCGACCGGACUGUGGUGUUGCAAUGGUCCAGACUUCGCAUGGAUACCUUCUCAUCUAUUCCAUUGAGGUCGACCAGAGUGCCCGAGUCUAUCAACAACACUUUGAUCAAAGCCAAGCUCGCAGGCAAAGUUUAAUGCAGAACUUUAGGGCCGAAGAUGCUAUUGGCCUCCGAGAGAUCAUUGUUCAACUGAGAAGAGCUGUCAAAAUUGAUGCGGGGAUCAGUGCGGUGCUAGCUUUCCCAAAUGAUUUACUGAUAGCUACUGCGAAGCCUCCAGCAGUACAGUGUAUUAAAUGGAGCCUUGAUGAGAAUGGUCCCCAGACGACUGCGGAAUUGAUAAGUAAGAUGGACUGGAUGCACACGAAGAGUGUUGUUGUACAGAUGGUGCAUAACAGAGCCAUGCAUCUGUCUGUCUGGGGCGCUUACGAUGGGAAAGCUUACGCCGUUCAACGCCAAAACCAGGCGACAUUGAAGCAAGAAUCGUCGGCCGAAUCAAGCGAGUCAGACAAAUUACAACCCCGAAAUUCAAAAAUGUUUACUGGACACUGUUUCCAUGACCCUGACAAUGAGAAUCUAUUUGCAAGAGUAGUGGCGGUGAAUGCGAAAUUCUCUUUGCUCGCGGUAGGCUGCCACAAUGGCGAACUAUGUAUAUAUGGAUUGAGAGACUACGCAGGCAAUGUCUUCCUUUCUCACCGGAUUGGCGCAGUCGGUUCUCUCGUUUCUACUGGAAGGCUGACUUGUCUUACUUAUUCGCCGGAUGGUUAUUGCCUGUUUGUAGGAUAUGAAAAAGGGUGGGCAACGUGGAGUGUUUUUGGUAAACCGGGCGUGUCAAGCUUUACCGCGAACCAUACUCAAUCUGGGUCGAGCAAUGAGAGAUGGCUUGCUGGUAUCUCGACUGCCAAUUGGACUGCCGGAGGAUCCGAACUCCUCCUCACCUCUCCGGGUGACCAUCGAAUCUGGAGACUCGAGUUUUCACGAAGUGCUGCUGCCGGUUGCUUCUCGUGCGCAAACUUGAUGCGAGCUCUAUUUCAAACCCCUACAGAAUUAAUCAUGUACCGAGGUCAUGAUUUGCCGGAUCUGACUUCGAUAUCUGGCCAGCCAUCGCUGUGGCAUCACGCACAGUAUCCAGCAGCAUACUAUCAAAGUCAUGGUCCCAUCAGAUGCUCAGUGAUAUCGCAGGAUGGUUGCUAUGCAGCGAUAGCAGGUCGAAGAGGUUUGGCGCAUUACAGCGUGCAAAGUGGCAGAUGGAAGACCUUUGCCGAUUCUAAUGAAGAAAAGUCUUUCGCGGUCAGAGGUGGAAUGUGUUGGUUCAACCACAUUCUUAUUGCAGCUACGGAAUCUGACAGCUCAUAUGAGCUACGUGCAUAUUCUCGGGAUGCCCAAUUGCGACAGUCCAGCGUACUCCAUCUCGAAAUACUACCUGCAUCAGUGGUUUUUCUCGGCCCCUCCGGAGAGGACUCCCUGCUAGUGUAUACGUCUGAGAAUGUCCUUUAUCACUUCGUGAUAAGCUUCACAUCGCUGGGAAUGAAUCUGGUCCAAGUCGGGCAGAUCGCUUUCCAUGGCGUAGUUCGAGCACCAACUCGUGUACGAUCAGUCAGCUGGGUCCUUCCAGAAAACCAGCUUCGAGACGGAGACCCAUCGCAGGAUGUGGCGCUGGCUGCAGUUCUGUUUCUGGUGGAUGAUAAACUUGUCCUCCUGCAGCCAUCUCGGGCGGAUGAUGGAGGCCUGCGGUACAACAUGCGGGUCAUUGCACACCACAUCGAGUUCUAUAUUUUGAUGCGUGAUCAGCUGUUUUUCAACUUCGCAAACACUGGAGAUGAGUCUAUUCCACCCACACCGUCUUCGGGGCACGGCUUGAACCGUAUUGGACAACAUCACACGCUGAGAGACUCCCUAUGGACAUUUAGCGGAAGCGACCUGAAUAUGUGGAGCGACGUCCGUGAUGUCCUCCGAAUGGCUAUCGAAGGGUCAAUAGCGGAUUCUGUUUCACUUCUCUCUGUGCCGGUAGAUUUCUAUCCUCUGUCUAUCCUUCUCAACAAAGGCAUUGUACUGGGAAUCGAGUCUGACCUUAUUCAAAGACGUGAUUUGCCAUUUGCGCAGUUCCGAACAGCCAUUCGAACUCACCUCUUUAUCCCUUACCUCCUACAGCACCACAUCUCAGCCGAGCGGAAUGCGCCUGCUGCCAUCGCUCUAGCUCGACAAUACGAGUAUUUGUCAUAUUUUGCUUACGCACUCGAAGUUUUGCUCCAUAAUGUCCUGGAUGAAGAAGCAGAUUUUUACAGUGGAGGUGCAGAUAAAAGCAAGUCCACUCUCCCUGCGGUGCUAUCGCUCUUGUACGGCUCACUUUCAGAGUCGUCAUAUCUCUCCACGAUCGUUCAAUGCAUACGCAAGACCGAGUUUACCUCUUGGCCAGUACUUCUAGCGCAUCUUCCGCCACCUGCCGUGCUUUUCGAACAGGCGCUUCAGCUUGACGAUCUGAGGACCGCGACCGGCUACUUGAUAGUACUACAAAGCUUUGAAGAAGACCACGGCGAAGCCCGGCGUAGCGAGGAGGACGUGGAAGCUUACGUUAUUCGGCUCAUGGCUCUUGCUCGAGAGAAGGACGAUUGGGAGCUCUGCUCAGAUCUUGCUCAAUUCUUGAUGGCUUUUGACCCUAUGGGAUAUGCACUUAGAAGGGUCAUUGAAUCUGUUGGCUUUCGAGAAAUGGAGAGCUCAGAAGCCCCCGCCACAGUGAAGGCUACAGGAUUGGGUCUCACCAUUCCUGAUCCGCACAAGAGCGGAAAAGAGCAGGCAGGUCACGGAAACAGCAGUGCGCAACUGCUCGGUUCUGAAGUGAGUUUUCUGCAGCCGAAGCAUUCAUCAAGUGUCGACUACUUUUCGACAUCGCCAGAGAGGUAG